AUGGAUAUUGCGCACCAGAUCUACCGACUGGGAAGUCAGCCAACCUUGAGCCGGACAACAUCAGCUAUACCAGGCGGCAAUGUCUAUGGCAGAGCCCCAACAUCUCGCUUAGAUCGUACUCAGAGACGCCCUAUAGCGGCAAUCCUCGGUCACCCUCUGCCACCAAUCGACAUGAUGCGAGUACUUUUAGAAGAGUAUUUCGACUCGGUGCAUUGGUUUAGCUUGGUCAUCUAUGAGCCAAGAUUCCGGCCAAAACUCGACUCUAUCAAGGAUGGCCUUGCUUAUCCGUCGCAGAAGUCAUUCCUCCUCCUCUUGUCUACAGUUCUGGGAAUGGGAGCAUGGUACAAGUCUCACAAGAAGGACGUGGAUCCGGACUUUCCAGAUGAGGAUUGGCACGCCUGGUCGCAGUCCCUCGUUCAGGGCGCGGGUUCCCAAUUGGCUGAACUGAUGGACCAGAGUACCAUCUCAUCUGUUCAGACGUGUAUCUUGCUCGGCUCCUACUACGUCUACCAUGGGAAGCCUAAUCUAUCCUUUGCGUUACUAGGCGCAACCAUCCGAACGGCACAAGCCAUCGGCCUCCACCGCCAGCAGCUACGAGGCGACCCUCACUAUGUCGAAGAGAGGAAAAGAGUCUGGUGGACUAUCUACACAUGGGACCGCUUCGCUUCCAUUACGUACGGACGACCCAUCGGCAUCAACGAGAAGGACUGCAAUACAUACCACCCGAUCGACGUAUGCGAGUCGCCCUACUUCAGAGGGACGAACCCCCCAGAAGCCGACUUAACAAUAUGUUACUCGUCCUACCAACGAGAGCUCAACAAACUCUACCUUAUCGCGUCACCCAUCAUCGAGACCAUCUUCGGGAUGCGGGCGGUGGGACCCAACGAACGGCCGAGCGGACCACAAUACACAGAUCAGAUCACAGACGUGACGGAGAAGCUUUGGGCGUGGCGUCGACAUCUGCCGCCUCAUCUUCUACUCGAGAUGGCCUCCGACUGCAGUAUGGAUCAAUCACGCACCGCACGGGUGCACCAGCUGCAAGCGUUGUCCCUCCAGCUUACAUUUGACAACCUCCUCAUCAUCUUCAAUCGCCCGUUAAUCGCAAAACAAGUGGACCACCUCAUCAGGACGCAACCGGAAAGCGGGCAUGGUAACGCACUAUCUCCAGCAAGCCUUACGAACACCGAAUCCCCAUUUCAUGCGGUUCAUGAGUCCAGCCCGCUCAACAGAAGCCAUAUGUCGAGCACGGAGCAAUGGUGGGACGCCGCGUUGAGAACAUCGAAGGUGACUGAACUACCGCGGCUUUCUCAGCUAGCCACUGAUAGCCACCUGGUAGCUUUCUUGGCUAUCAAUCUGUUCAACUCCGCCAUCGUCAUGGCUGUGUUGGCGCUGUCUGAUCCACUUUCGGACAGAGCACAGGAAGUGAAAAGGACCAUCACACGCAUAUUUCGCUUGCAAGAGCUACUCGGCAAAAGGACACAACUCUCGAUGCAGAGUAAUGCGGUCCUCAAAGACGUCAUCCAGAUGCUACUGCGCAGAGAAGCAGAUGCCAUCUUUGGCGAGAGCGAUGUGACAAGAUCGCACACCGGGACGGCGCAGAUGUCUGUCGAAGACACCCUUCGUCUGCCGACGCAACUGCCACCGAGUGGACACAACAGACAGCAACAGAGUACAGUUGACAGCAUGCAGCGCGUUCACGAGAGCAUGGCGUCAGUACAGAGAGUGUUUCCCGCCGCCCUCGACAGCGUCUCCCGUGACGACACAGCUUAUGUCCCGCAAUGGGGCACGAACGACGGUGGCAUAAAUCACCUGCCUAGCGAACACAAUGAUUGGACAAAUGCUAGCACCGGAGACUUCAACCUCGAAGGCGAGCUGGACUGGAUCAGCGAUGAGAACGGUGUUGAUGUUACUGGCAAUGGCCUAUACUGGUUCUGGGAUUCCGUCUGGAACGAGCCACAAUUCUAG